UUCUCUCGCGAGAUUUUGCGACGUGUUGCAAGCGGGGUGAAAUCUCGGGAGCUGUCUGAAAGCAAGCGGAGAGAGGAACAAAUAGCGUGAAGAUUUUAAAACCUGCAUUCAGCAGACAGUGAUUGUGCAAAAUUUCGCAAGAAGGCAGCACCGUAACUUUCGAUUAUUUAAAGUUAUCUAACGACGAGAAACGUUUAAUUUGCUUCUCUUUUCGUAACUUGGGGAAAGUUUAACUGCACGCCUCGGAGGACCCACCUCAGAGCAGAAAGUCAAGUCGGUGGUCGGCAGUUCGUUCUGCAGGAAUGUCGCAGAAAGAGAGACCCAAGUUUUAUCGGCAUGAGGUCAACAAGACGAUAUGGGAAGUCCCGGAGCGCUACCAAAACCUGUCCCCGGUUGGCUCUGGCGCCUACGGAUCCGUGUGUUCUGCAUAUGAUGUGAAGACUGGUUUGAAGAUAGCUGUGAAGAAGCUCUCUCGGCCAUUUCAGUCCAUCAUCCAUGCCAAGAGAACAUAUAGAGAGAUGCGGUUGCUGAAGCACAUGAAACAUGAAAAUGUGAUUGGCCUCCUAGAUGUCUUCAGCCCUGCUACUAGUCUGAAGGAAUUCACUGAUGUGUAUCUUGUGACUCACUUAAUGGGGGCAGAUCUCAACAACAUAGUGAAAUGUCAGAAACUCACAGAUGACCAUGUGCAGUUCCUCAUAUACCAGAUCCUCAGAGGAUUAAAGUAUAUCCACUCAGCAGACAUCAUUCACAGAGAUCUGAAACCUAGUAACCUGGCAGUAAAUGAAGACUGUGAACUUAAGAUUUUGGACUUUGGUUUGGCGCGGCACACUGAUGAUGAGAUGACGGGCUAUGUGGCCACCCGCUGGUACCGCGCACCAGAGAUAAUGCUGAACUGGAUGCAUUACAACAUGACAGUGGAUAUUUGGUCAGUGGGCUGUAUAAUGGCAGAACUCCUCACUGGAAAAACUCUAUUUCCUGGAACCGACCACAUUGAUCAGUUGAAGCUAAUCUUGCUGCUCGUCGGAACACCAGGGGCCGAACUCUUGAUGAAAAUAUCUUCAGAGUCUGCCAGGAACUACAUCAGCUCCUUGCCACACAUGCCCAAGAGGAACUUUGCUGAUGUGUUCAUUGGUGCCAACCCACUAGCUGUGGACCUUCUGGAGAAAAUGCUGGUUCUGGACACAGACAAGCGGAUAACCGCAGCGGAGGCUCUGGCUCACCCCUACUUCGCUCAGUACCACGACCCAGAUGACGAGCCUGAGGCUGAGCUGUAUGACCAGAGCUUUGAGAGCCGCGAGCUGGAGAUUGAAGAGUGGAAACGAUUAACCUACGAAGAGUUGUGUAGUUUUGAGCCACCUAUUUUCGAUGAGGACGACAUGGAGUAACGAGACCCGCUACCCACAUUAAGUCCAGCCUCCGACAAUUUGUAACAACCUUGAACGUGUGCAUUAGUGUUAAACAAACUGUCAGACACACUUGUAUGAGAGUGCAUACCAGCCUUUGUCUUUUUUUUAACAGAGAAAACAUUGUCCACAAUUAGCUCUUGCGAGGAAAUCAUUACCAGCGCCGGGAAAGGAAGAGCUUGACCAGUUAUCAUUAUUCUUAUUUAUGAACCACUAAUGUUGUUGGUCUUUUGCUGGGAAAUGUCACUUCUUGCCAGUAGCUGAAAUCAUUUUAUAUUCAGAUAUUUUUAAAUUUAGACUUUGAUGACUCGUCACUGUGACACGGAGAUGCUGAAACACCUGGACCUAUAGCUGUGCUAUUUUGUGUUUUAAAAUUUUCUUUUGAGUAACUUAUGAAUAAGCUUCUGUGUCCUAUCAAUUGAAAAAUGAAUAUGCUAGGCUACCACUCGCCCUGCCAAGCUCUCACAUAUAGCACUGGGUCACAUGUAUUUGUAAAGUGAUUCAGUUAUAAUUGCUCCCACAUUUAAAAAGAGAUAACUCUGAAGAGUUUCAUAUCAGUGACAGAAGUAGAUAUAAUGUUUUUAGGUAUUUGACAAUUUGGGAAUGUGCGUGUUCUGUGUAGUCACUGACCUUCAGUGCUCAUCAACUGAAUUUCACACAUUUUAAUGUUUAUUUUGAUAGUUUAGAUGCUCUGUGAGACUCUUAUACAUGUUUUGGCUACACAGGAAAAUCUGAGCCUUUGCUGUUUAAGGACAAUGCUAUUCAAUAUGGCACCUAAGUAAGAAAAAAAUAUUCAUGGGUACAUGCUCUACUCAAAACUAUGUAAAUAUCUGUGCAUUAUUUUUUAAAUCUCUGACUUAUUGUGCUUAUUUUAUAAAGCAAUCAAUAUUAGUAUGUACAUCAGUUAAAGACUUUGUGUGUGUUUGCGAGAGUGUGUUGUUGGUUUACAGGAAUUGUAAGUGUCAUGCUAAAUCCUCUAAUAGAAAUACUGCUUAAAUGUGUAAAAGAGGGAUUUCAGAUGUAUUUAUACUUUGUGGAGGUGGUAUUUAUAAACAAAUCGAAAGAUCCCUUAAACUAUUUUUAGUCCAGCAGAUUAACUACUAUCUUCUGUCCUUUGUUUAACAAAAUAAAGACUUAUUUUUAAGAGA